AUGAGUUCCCACGCUGGCCAUCCGGGCCAGAUGAUCGAGUAUAUCCAAGAUCGUCUCUAUCUCGCAUCCUACGACUCGACCCCCUCCUCCCGAACCCCAUUCCCUUUUCCGACCGAGCAGCCCAAGUCUCCCAGCAAACGGUCCGCUCGUGCGCAACCCGCCACUCCGUCCACCAAGCGCCGAUCUCCCGUCUACUUUACCGUCGACGACACGCUUCUCUACAAUGCGUUCCAUGCGGACUUUGGUCCCCUGCACAUCGGCCACCUCUACCGAUUUGCGGUCCUGUUCCAUGAAAUCCUCGGAGAUCCCGCCAACAGCGAUCGUCCCGUCGUGUUCUACAGCAAGACCGACGCUCGUAGCCGCGCAAAUGCAGCCUGCCUCGUGGCGUGCUACAUGGUUCUCAUCCAGUCUUGGCCUCCUCACUUGGCCCUCGCCCCCAUCGCACAGGCAGACCCUCCUUACAUGCCCUUCCGAGAUGCCGGAUACAGCCAGGCCGACUUUAUUCUGAACAUCCAAGAUGUUGUCUACGGAGUCUGGAAGGCCAAAGAGCAGGGUCUGUGCGGACUUCGUGACUUUAACCUUGAAGAAUAUGAGAAAUUCGAAAGAGUCGACAUGGGCGACUUCAACUGGGUGACACCCAACUUCCUCGCUUUUGCUUCCCCCCAACAUCAACCCGUCGCGCCGGUCCCUGUCAACACGCCUGAAUACGACGCUCUGCCUUCAUCCCUCUCCGAGAUCAGCUCGGCUAAACUUCCGCUGCCAUUCAAGAACGUCCUUGCUCAUUUCUUCUCCCGCGAUAUCGGUCUUGUGGUUCGAUUGAACUCGGAGCUCUACAGCCCCUCAUACUUUACGGCCUUGGGCAUUCAGCACAUCGACAUGAUCUUUGAGGACGGAACGUGCCCACCCCUGACCCUGGUGCGGAGGUUUAUCAAGAUGGCGCAUGAUAUGAUCACGGUGAAGAAGAAGGGGAUCGCAGUCCACUGCAAGGCUGGUCUCGGGCGGACCGGUUGCUUGAUUGGUGCCUACCUCAUCUACCGCUAUGGGUUCACCGCGAACGAGGUCAUUGCCUUCAUGCGAUUCAUGCGCCCCGGUAUGGUUGUUGGUCCCCAACAACACUGGUUGCAUCUGAACCAGGGAGCAUUCCGGGAGUGGUGGUUCGAGGAUAGCAUGCGUGAGAAGCUCGCUCAGUCCGCCCCCGUCACCCCAGCUCGUGUUUCUACCAAGAAGCGUGCAAGCAACGGCGUCGUCUCAACGCCUCCCACCAACAGCCACUCCAAGCGUGCCGCGCUCGGGGAGAUUGACCACAAUGAGGGUGCUGCGACCUACCACGAGGAGAAUCUCCCGGCCCCCACCCCGGGACAGCCUCGCAAGUCACACCGCAAGGACUCGCGCCACCAUCCCUACGCCCGGACCACUUCGGGGUCUUUGAUCACGGAGCAUGAGACCCACAAACAAACAGAGUCACGCACCCCUCGCGGUCAUCGUCUGAGCAACGAGAGCGUCGAAAGCGACGAGGAGGUCCAACUCCGCAAGCUGGCCAAGCGAUCCUCUCGAUCCCCAGUCAACACUACCACCUCGCGGUCAAUCAGCUACUCCGCGACGGUAACGGCCAGCUACACGCUCACCGAUGAGAUUCACGAGGAUCGAGAGAACUGGACGGAGACGGGGGCCCCCAAGACCCCUUCCAGUCGCAAGAGUGCCAGCGGAACUAUUUCCGUCACCAAGGUCCGGACCAGCCCGCGACGGGUCACGGACAGCAACAAGAGCGAGUCUCGCGGAGUCCGCAAGCCGAGUGGCCGUGUCGGUAGUACCUCGAGUCCAAUCCGGGCUACUCGCACCGUUGCAUAG